AUGCAAAUGAGGGCUCUAGCCCCUGAUACAAAAACUAGGGGGAUUAAAGUUUCGAGAUUUCACGAUAAUUCAUCAGUGAGUUCAAAAAAGUCAUGUGAAGUCUCUCGAACAUACAACAGCGAUAACAUUGUAUUAAAACCGAUUGCCGAUCCCAUAAUCAACAUUGAUAUAGAAUCGGAUAAAAUUCAAGUUAAUUUUUAUUGGCCACUUGAACUACCUUAUAAUAAUAUAUCCAUGGUGUCUCGCAUACUUUCAAAACAAUUACAACCUACGAGUACUACCGAACAGAAUUCAACAUAUUUAAUUCAACGUUAUGAAUAUUUGAAUUUAACGCCAGACAAUAGUUAUGUUAUGUCAAAUUCAAUUGCACGUUCGGUAAAAAAUAUACCGGAAUCAUAUACAAUAACUACAACUACGACAACAGUGAGAACACUACCGGAAUCACAAUCAAUAUCAACAAAACAUUGUUCAUCUCUUCCCAUAUUCACGUAUAUCUUAUUUUCAUUCUAUUCAUUACUGUAUUUGAUGAAUUUGAGUAAAUAG